AUGUUGCUCUCUAUCACAACCUACCACCAUUUCCGAGACUCACAGCAUCUGCCCACCCCAAUGUUUUCGGUCCCUACUGAAGUGCCGAGUAUCGGCGAGAUGAUCUUACCUACUGCGGUAUUUGGUCUUCUCAUCGUCGUGGUCACCAUCUACAAGUUCGCCUUCGCGAUCAGCGAAUAUGACAACCUUGGUUUGCCAUUGGCCGGUGAGCCGGAUGGCGCAAAGCGAUUCAGUCUCAAGUCGCGCCUGCGAUACUACUACGACUGUGCGGCUUUGUACACGGAUGCGUACUACCGGAACGGCAGAGCCGCCCUGGUUCCUGGUUACGGAGGGCGAGCGGAUCUGAUCCUGCCCAAGAGUUCGACCGAAUGGGCCACCGCGCAGCCUGACAGUGUGCUCAGCGUCUCGCAGGCCUUCCUGCAAGCCAACUUAUCGUCCUACUCGCUGGGCCACUCACGCUACUGGGGCGACCCGUGGCAGUUCGCACUGGUCAAGACGCAGCUGAACAACAUGAUGAAUUCGCUCAUCCCGGCUGUCGACGAUGAGUUACACCACAUCGUGCCCUCAGUCCUGGGUACGGACACCAAUUCUUGGAAGGAGGUGCACCUGGACGAGGCGGUGCGGAUGAUUGUGGCGGGCUCGUCCAGCCGGUUCACCGUGGGGUCGCCCCUCUGCCGCAACGAGGAUUACCUGAAGCGCACCCUGUCCAUAAUCGACGGGGUGAUGAUCACCGCCAUCAUGGGCAACUGUCUGCCAGGUAUCCUCCUGCUUGUCGCCGUCCGUCUGGCCAGUCUACACACCUGGCGCAACCUAAACAAGAUCAAGAAUCAUAUCAUACUACAGUACCACGAACGACUGGCCGCACUCGAGAAGGACCCCGAUGACCAACCUCAGGACCAGCUUCAGGUCAUGCUGCGGUUCGCACAAAAGAAACGGCCCCGAGAGAUCAACGACCUGGGCAUCAUGGCCACGCGCCUGGCGGCCUCCAAUUUCGUCAGUAUGCACCAGACGGCCGGUACCGCCGUGCAGAUGCUACUCAACAUGGCAGUUGGGAUUUCUGCUGGUGCCUUGUCUCUGUGCAAACCAGGGACGACCCGAUACAAGGAAUUCUGGUAUGGGUUUUCGCACUGA